GCUCGGCUUUGUUGCGGCUGCUCAGGCACGCGCGAGUCGCGCAGGACUCGUUCGGGCGAUCUCGGUACUCGCCACAGCGCCUGCUCACGCGCGCGGCUCAUAACUGUCGCCAGAUUUGGCGUACAGGUGCGGUGCUCUCUGAGAGCACUGUUCAGCAGCCUCAAAAUCCGUGCGCGCGGCCUCGCGACAGCCAUGGCCGCCAUGGCUGGCGGUAGCACUAAGCGCGCUAUCGUCGAGAUCAUCAGUGAUGUUGUGUGACCCUUCUGCUGGGUCGGCAAGCGCAACCUCGAGACUGCGCUCCGAUCCACGGGCGUCCAGGCGCGCGUCCACUGGAAGGCCUUCCAGCUGAACCCCGGCGCCUCGGACACGCCCUCCAAUAAACUCGAGAUGUACAUGUCCAAGUUCGGUUUCGAAGCGGUGUCCGUGAUCGGUCGUCGAGAGCACUGCUGGCCCCCGGCACGCCAUCGCGGCGAUGGCGGGCGAGAGCACCCAUCGCUACGCAGGCAUGGGCCGCGACCAGGUGCUGCGCAUGACGGCGGGCAUGCGCCAGAACUUUGCGAAUGUGGGCCUCCCCUACGCGUUCACGGAUCAAGGUCUUGUGGCGAACACGAUGGACGCGCACCGCGUGCUCGCGUGGUGUGGUUCGCCGGAAGCGCAGGACAAGGCCGUCCGUAGCUCGGUGUCCUGCGAAUUGGACGUCGAGAAUGCGGCCGCGACGAUGGCGUGGAGGUCACCAAAUUCUCCGCAAUCGUUCUCAGGAUAACCAAACGCAGGUCGAGGUCAUAUUCAACGGGUACUUCGCCGAGGAGCGCGCCCCGAACGACCGCGACCUGCUCAUUGAGGCGUGCGUCGCCGCGGGCAAGUCCGAAGCGGAUGCAAGAGCUUUCUUGGACGACAAGUCGGCCAUGCGCGACCAGGUCCAGCGGGAAUUAAGUGAAGCGCGGGGCGUCCGCGGCGUGCCGCACUUCGUCAUCCGCCAGCCGGGGCGCGACCCCGUGCAGAUCAGCGGCGCCCAGCCGCCGGAGAUCUUCGAGCGCGCUCUGCAGUGAAGCGCUACAUCGGUGCUGUGUAUGACGGGCCACUACUACCCGUGGUGAUGGCCCCGACAAGAAACGGCGCCGCCGGCGCGUGGAUAUAAUUGUGUCUUGCUUUAGAGCGGCGCGACGACGGGGUCGGUGUCACAACAUCACAAAC